GGUUUACUCACGUAGUCCCAACUGAUCAGCCCGGAUUCGAAGAGGGGGAACGGUGUUAGAGUCACCUCAGAGUGCGCAUGAAGGUCAAAGUGUCAGGAGAGAUCCAGUUCUACUGCAAGUGCAGCUGAAGUUCUUAUUAAUACUCAAAAAGUACGGAAUAACUAAAACAGUUGUCAAGAUGGUGAGGAAAUUCUUCGUGGGGGGUAACUGGAAGAUGAAUGGAACCAAGAAGGAGAUUGACGAAAUUGUCGCAUUCCUCAAAGCCGGCCCACUCGACCCCAAUGUUGAGGUUGUCGUUGGUGUCCCGGCGAUCUACCUUCCCUACGCCAAGAGCAUCCUUCCAUCGACAAUAGCAACCAGUGCUCAGAACUGUUACAAAGUCCCCAAGGGAGCCUUCACAGGUGAGAUUAGCCCAGCUAUGCUGGUAGACAGCGAAAUCCCCUGGGUGAUCAUUGGCCACUCAGAGAGGAGGAACGUCUUCGGGGAGAGCGAUGAACUCACUGCUGAGAAAGUGGCACAUGCUCUGGAAGCUGGUGUCAAGGUGAUCGCAUGCAUCGGUGAGAAACUCGAGGAACGUGAGUCUGGAAAAACCGAGGAGGUUGUCUACCGCCAGACGAAGGCUAUCGCCGACAAAAUCAAGUCCUGGGACAAUGUCGUGCUGGCUUACGAACCAGUUUGGGCUAUUGGAACAGGAAAGACGGCGACCCCUCAGCAAGCCCAGGAGGUUCACGACCAGUUGCGAGCUUGGUUCGCCAAGAACGUCAGUCCAGCAGUCUCCGAGUCCCUCAGGAUCAUCUACGGUGGCUCUGUGACAGCUGGAAAUGCCAAGGAUCUCGCAAAGGAGAAGGACAUCGACGGAUUCCUCGUUGGAGGGGCUUCUCUCAAGCCUGACUUCGUACAGAUCGUCAAUGCCAAGCAAUAAUUGAUGGGAUCACCGACCUCUGGUUCAAUGUUAUUUUAAUCCAGAGGGGAAGAGGAGGUCAUCAGGACAAUAGGACCAUUCGAAGUAACAAUAAUGAUUGAAUCAAUCUCAAGAUAUUUUCGCAAGCCUCAUAAUAAGCGUUGAUUCGUCCAGAUCACAUCAUCGAGUCAUCAGAUAUUUGAAAAAAUUGAGAAACCAAUCUUUACCACUUCGUUACAGAAUUCAUAUUCAUCGUCUCCUGGACAUGUUUACAUGAAGAAAGAGUCUAUUCAUUGUUGGCUGUUGAUAAUGUAUAUCCAAAUACAAUUUAAUUGUGGACAUCGCACAUUACGUGCUGAUUCAAUAAAACCUAAUGCACCCAUCGUA